GACCAUCAUUGAUUCGGUCGGCGACGCAGUUCGCGGAAGGAAGGUCCGUUCCUUGCAGCAUUCCGGGUACCAAGAUGGUGGCCUGAGCUCUUUAGAGAGACUUCCUCCAUCCUUCUCCGUCCCUCUCAGAUUUUUUUUUUUAACCUGGAUGUGACGCAUUAAAGGACCCGACGGAAAUAGAACUGAAGGCGUUCUAAAAUGGCGAACCGUACAGUGAAGGAUGCGCACAGUAUCCACGGCACCAAUCCUCAGUAUCUGGUGGAGAAGAUCAUUCGGACGCGAAUCUAUGAGUCCAAGUACUGGAAAGAGGAGUGCUUUGGACUGACGGCUGAACUUGUAGUCGAUAAAGCCAUGGAGUUGAGGUUUGUGGGUGGUGUCUAUGGUGGCAACAUAAAGCCAACUCCCUUUCUGUGUUUGACCUUGAAGAUGCUUCAGAUUCAACCUGAGAAGGAUAUCAUUGUAGAGUUUAUCAAAAAUGAAGAUUUCAAAUAUGUCCGUAUGUUGGGAGCACUUUACAUGAGGCUGACAGGCACUGCAAUUGAUUGCUACAAGUACUUAGAGCCUCUCUACAACGACUAUCGAAAAAUCAAGAGCCAGAACCGAAAUGGGGAGUUUGAACUGAUGCAUGUAGAUGAGUUUAUUGAUGAACUGCUGCACAGUGAGAGAGUCUGUGACAUCAUUCUACCCCGGCUACAGAAACGUUAUGUGCUAGAGGAAGCUGAGCAGCUGGAGCCUCGGGUCAGCGCUCUAGAAGAGGACAUGGAUGAUGUGGAGUCCAGUGAAGAGGAGGAAGAGGAGGAUGAGAAGUUGGAGAGAGUACCCUCACCUGAUCACCGCCGGAGAAGCUACCGAGACUUGGACAAGCCCCGUCGUUCUCCCACAUUGCGCUAUAGGAGGAGUAGGAGCCGGUCUCCCAGAAGGCGGAGUCGGUCUCCUAAAAGGAGGAGGGAUCUAACCAAUCAUUUCCACAGCCCCUCCCCUCGCCGAGAAAGGCAUCGGAGCAAAAGCCCAAGACGUCACCGCAGCAGAUCUCGAGACAGACGGCACAGAUCCCGCUCCAAGUCCCCAGGUCAUCACCGUAGUCACAGACACAGGAGCCACUCGAAGUCUCCGGAAAGAUCUAAGAAAAGCCACAAGAAGAGCCGGAGAGGGAAUGAGUAAUGGACUCAGUUUGGUAUUAGUCCAAAUGGCCACCUGUGGAUCCGAAGGCAUCUCUGUGGAAGGAUUAAGAUCUACUCCCCAGGCAGCUAUGAGAAUAUUUUAGCUCUUUUUAACCAAAUUUCUCUUUUCUUUUUCUUAAAUGAAAGAGGUGCUGUUUUGUAUCUCUCUGAGUCAUACUCCACAUUUGAGGGAUAGUGCUUCCCAAGGGCUGCUUUGGACCCCGUUGUGCAACCAACCUUGACUGUACUGAAAUUUGUAAGGGUAGAGAGGAUGACUGACAAGGACAGGAUGUGGCUGGCUGUUGACCUUUUUGUUAUUAAAUUUUAUACACCCAUUUUCCAUUUUUCUGUAGUUUAGUUUUGUUUUGCUCCAUGAUGGUACCUAUUCUGAGAAUCCUGAGAUCUGUGCUGCUCAGUAAAACCUAUCAAGUCAGUAAAACCUAUUAACUCUGUUUUUCCCCUCCCCCAACAUGUCCAUGUAGUAAUAAUAGCAUGAAAACUGAUGAGUUAGCAGCAGCUUUGUAAGAAGAAAAGAAUGCAUUCAAAUGUAGGACUUCCUCCUCUGGAUCAUUUAAUCCAAUUGCAUUGAACAGUUCAACGAUGAAACUUAAUACCUUUUAUACAACAUUCUUAUAGAGUAUUUCUUCUUCCCCAGGAGCCUUGAAUUUUAGGUUAUGGUGCGCAGCCUUUAUUUUGUAAGCACUGACAUUAUCCAAGUAUAGUCAGUAGCAGUAGGGCAACAAGAUUGAAAAGAAGAGGAAAGUAUCUAAUACCACUCAGGGUUCUGACCUGAGUUGCUGGAAAAUAGUGCCAUUAAUUCACAAAGCUACAAAAUACAGCAGGAAGAGGCCAGGCUUUAGAGGGGCGUGUGGUCAAAGUUGUGUUAGUAGUAACAAGUGAUGCAUUCAAUUUAUCCUAAAGUGUAAUUAGAGGCUGCUGUGGUAUAAUUAGAUAAACCCAGGUUGUUAGGAACUGGAGUUGAACAUAGUGAUCUAACCCUGAACUGACAACAUUUAGGUAACUGUGGAAUAUGCAGAAUUAAAUGGGAUUGCCCAGGAAGUGUUUAUGUAAGAAAAGCCAACAACAGAAUCAGUGGCAACACUCAACACUGGUAAGAGGAAACAGCGCAAUCAACCAACUGAAAAUGAAAUGAACCACUCAGAAAGUUGGGAGACAGUAUGGCAAAGAAGCUAAGGGUCUGAAGAUUCAGAAGCAAAAUAAGAAAUGCAGAGUGUCCAUGGGCACUGAUAAUCAAGAGGGUGUUGGGAUCUUUGCUAGAAGAGUUCAGUCUACCAGUACUUACCUUUCCUCCUCUAAAAACGGAAAAGUGAAAAAAAGGAAUGGGGGAGGGGGGGUGAUUUGACUUCCUGCAGCUCUGGACUCAGCAAGAAUUAUGGAGACCAACUGCCUCACAGAAUCCAGUUUCUUGGGAAGUUAUAUCUGGUCAUAUGAUAAAUAUUCUUUUGCUUGCUAUUGAACUGAAGGACUUUUGCAAUCUUAAAGCAUUUUGGGAUAUUUGAGAUUUCACAUUCUUCAGUGAUUCCUGAUAAUACUUGAGUUAAUAAAAGUUGACCAUAAGAGCUAUUGUUAUCCAUUAUACAACUAUAUAUAGGACUGCCUUUAAGAAUUAAAGAUAAGCACUUCUAUUUACAUUUGUUAUUGAGACCUAGCAGUUAUUUCUUUACCAAAGUGAUCUAGAUGGAAAGAAACGUCUUCUGGCUUAAUGACCUGCAGACCAAGUUAUCCAGUAUUAUUGUUAAAAUAUUCACUUUAAAAUGUAAGAUUCAAAAAUUCAAAACCUGCCCCCCCAAAACCCCAACAACUUUUAAUAACAGAAAUAAGCCUCCCCAAUCAAUCAACUUAAUGCAUACUUAUUCAGGUAUAUGGUGAAAUCUGAACCAAAUUUCUAGUAACACAGCCAACUUAUAGCAGGAAGCAGAUUGUUCCUAUUCUUUCAUUAUUUCAAAGAGCUAAGAGUUCUUCAGUUUGAUAUGUUGAACAUCUCUAGAGAUUGGUGUGGUAAAUUACAGAACUGCAGAGGAGAUGGAGCUUAAGGACAAACUUUGCUGAGGGCGAUUUCUGUCAUCUAUGUGCUAGCCUAACUAGACGAGGCCCUAGAACUGUAGCUUUGUAACUCUGACUAGCCAAUAUUAAGGAACACUUUAUAUUUUACCUCUGUAACAUAUAUUCUGUAACUGUUGAAACAAAUUUCAGGAAAAAAAUAUUCCUUAUGCAAAA